AUGGAACAUCAUCCAUCAUCAUCGUCAUUGAAACUCCCGGUCUUCGACAUCUCCAAGCCAUUAAGCGAUUCGUCUCUAACGUCUCUGAACGAAGCGUGUAGAGAAUGGGGAUUCUUCCACGUCAGCAACCACGGCGUGUCCAGCCACCUCUUCGAAAAACUCCGGCGACUUUCCGGCGACGUGUUCGGUCUCUCUUACGAGACGAAGAUGAAGGUCGGACCGUGUUCUUUGUUGAACACUUACACUCCACAUUUCAUCGCAUCUCCCUUCUUCGAGAGCCUUCGUGUCUCUGGUCCUGAUUUCUUCUCCUCCGCCAAUUCAUCCAUUGACGUUUUGUUCGACCAAACCCUGCAUUCUGAAUUCAGCGAAAUACUGAAAGAAUACGGAGAAAAGAUGACAGAAUUAUCAGAAAAAAUCAUCAAAGCAAUCCUCGCAAGCUUCAAGAACGAUCUGGACAAGAAAUACUACGAAUCAGAGUUCAAAAACUGCAAUGGCUACUUCAGAAUCAACAACUACACACAUCCGACAACCACAGAAAUCUUCCGACAAGAUCACCAUCAUCAUCGAGACGAAGACGAAGGAGAGGAAGAAGGGCUUGGAAUGCAUACGGACAUGAGCUGCAUCACGAUCGUGAACCAGGACGAGGUAGGAGGGCUGCAAGUCAGAUCCAACGGUGGAGAUUGGUUCGACAUAAACCCUAACGCCGAUACUUUGGUCGUCAACGUCGGAGACUUGUUGCAUGCAUGGAGCGACGGACGGCUGAGAUCGUCUCAGCACAGGGUGGUCAUGAACCGACGCAGUUUCACGAACAGAUUCUCCGUGGCGUUCUUCUGGUGCUUCGCCGAUGAAAAAGUCGUUUAUGCCCCUGAUGACGUGGCGGGUGUGAGGGUGUUUCGGUCAUUUACGUGUGGGGAUUAUUUGAGGUUUAGGGAGAGUAACGAGAAAGGGAAGUUCGAGAAGGUUGGGUACACUGUCAAAGACUUCGCAGGACUUGACGGCGGAACUUGAGAUUAUUUUUUAUUUUUAUUUUUUGUAAAUUUGGUUUUACUAAUCAAAUAAUAAUUUUGUUUUUUUU